AUGUCCAUGCACAACUUUAGUGCUUCCCAUUCGGACCCCUUCAUGGCGGCUCUGAUUGCCCUCAGCACCUCCGGGAACGCUCUCUCCUUCGUUCUCAAGGAGAAGGUCUUCCGAGCGUUCGUAGCAUGGCAGACGUCAGCCGCUCGUGCGCCACUCCUAGCAGACCAACGGUACAGCGGUUACAUCUGCGUGAACCUUCUGUACAACGCAGCGUUGCUCUUCCUCGUGCAAAGAGGCUCAGCACUGUUGGCAUUCGUCAGCCUUAAGGCUGUCACGCCGGCCUCGGCUAUUCUAUUCUCUAUCGACUGGCCGGUGCUUGGACCUUCUACUGUGACCUGGUUAGACUGGGUCGAGGUCGUUCUGGUCACCGUCGGGAUCGUAGCCUUCCGGGCGGGAAAUCUUCGCAAAGAGGAGUAUAUCAGACAAGGCCAGAAGAAGAUUUGUAUGGCCUAA